GCGAUUCGAUGUACACACCCCACAUGCCACUGUGAGUGCUUUGCCCCUGGAAAACAAAGUCUUCGUUACUGCGAUACAUGCAACCAUGGUUGGGUUGCUCACGCUCUUGAUAAACUGGGCACCAAUCACGUGAUGAAUCUUGGCCUGCAAGUGGAGGUAGUACAACCCAACAUUGUCUUUGACAUCGCAAGUCUGAUGUUGUAUGGAGCACAGGCAACUCCCGUCCGCCUCAAGAUAUUGCUGGAUCGUCUUUUCUCGGUCCUGCAGCAUGACGAAGUUCUCCAGGUUCUCCAUGGGUUUGGCUGGACAUACGAAGAUUACGCCAGAGGCUACAUUCUCCAGGAUAGCUCUGGUCGUGUGCUGGACAAAUGGUGUGUUGCCACUCGCGAGGAAGAGAUGGUCGUUCUCCAGCAGUUUUUGCGUUUUGGAGAAACCAAGGCAAUAGCACAGGAGAUUAUAUUACAGGAUACCAAAGACCGCCAUGAGCAACUUGUCAAACAGACACCUAGGGCGGAGUCCGACAUCAAGAAAUUCAUUGAGCGCAGUAACUUGACUAUGCAAAAUUAUAUCAAGUCUUAUGAAUCAACUCGCCAACUCUUUGGAACUAGGUCCGUUCCAUUUAUUCCGCCAAACAGAAUUAUAACAUCGCCCGUUAUUUCCCCUAACUUCAGUCCCGGUAGAGAGCCGCGAGGAUUACCAUUGGCUCAGACGCCAACCACCUCAAGUUUACCCCUAACCAGCCCUCUCACCCGUCUUCCGGUGAUACAGCCAUUUGAAGCCCACAAGGAACUACCAAGCCCAGCUAUUAGCGUCAGUCCUAUAGGCUUAGAAAAGCAUGUGGCGCACCAGUCACCGGUAUGUGAAAGUCCAAAGAACCUCAGCAUAAAUACAACAGUGAUCACGACAGCUUCAACGCAACCAACACAUCCGGUUCUGAUUCAGCAACAACAUCAUCACUGCUUAGAUGAGGUUGAUGGUGCUGAUCUAUAUCCUUCAGAAUCAGAAGAUGAGGGAGAAGCACUGGACUACUCAAACAAGGAUAAUCCAGGCUCUCUCAAUGAUGGAGACAAGAACAGCAAACAGCACAUGCGUAAGUCCAACAACCCAAUCAAGCGCCAGUGGACACCAUCAGCUAACUUUGGCAGCACAUUUGUGGGACCCAAUGGCAAGAAGAGAGUCCUCUGUACAGCCUGUAACAAGACCUUCUGUGAUAAAGGCGCCCUCAAGAUCCACUACAGUGCUGUUCACCUGAAAGAGAUGCAUAAAUGUACAGUUGAAGGUUGUAACAUGAUGUUCAGUUCCCGGCGUAGCAGGAACAGACACAGUGCCAACCCAAACCCAAAACUGCACAUGCCACAGAAAAGAAAAGAUGAACUUGACCAGUCUGAAGAAAUUGACCUUUCAACAAGCAGUGGAUCAGGAACUCCUGCCCCUUCAAGCACUCCAAACAUAUCCAUCCCCACACCAUCUCCAGUUGCCAUAAUCCCCACACAAGCUCUGCCCAUCCUUGACUCACCACACAUUAUUAGACCAGACUCCAGUUUUUUCAUUGAAAUGUCAGCCCAGUUUCCCUUCCUGUCACCUCCAGAGAAGAGAAUUAAACUGGAAGAAGAGCAACCUACAGACCUCAGCAAAAUCACGGUGACCAACCUACCUGAAGAGGAACCCUGUGAUCUGAGUAAAAAAUAUGAUGAUGAAUUGAAGUUGGAGAUUGAUUUAGAUGCUCCUGUCAAUGAGAAAGAGAGUAUAAGAAAAGAUGAGGAAGGAGAUAAUGAGGAUAAUGGGUUUAGGCAUGAAGGAGGCUUCAGAGGAGGAAAUCGAAGGAAAAAUACUGCACCUACAAAAUGUGCCCAGAGUGGCACAGCCAGCGAUGACAGUUCACAUGACAAAGACCCUAACAGCAGAAUAAUUGUGUACAUGAAGCAGGAUGAAGUGCCAGCAUGCAAUGGAGAUUCAUCUUUGCAAGAAAAUGAUGUUGAAAGAGAGCAUAGUAACAUUCUUGUGCACAGAGUUCUGGAAGUCAAGUCUGCAGAGCUGCAAGAUGUUGCAUGUUCACUAGCUUUGCAGGAGAAAAGACUAGAGGGAACAGAAGCAAGAAACUUUCCAAAAAUAGCAUCUCUUCUCUGGGCUAAUGGUCUGACCAGUUCAAACAUAUCUGACAAAGUGAAUGAUGAUGAUGCCUCCCAUGAAGUUGAUGACAGUUUUGCAAGAGAUGAAGAAAGUAUUCAAGAUGAUGAACCAGAUAUUGAUGGUGAUGAAGUGUCUGGAAUAGAAAGCUCAGAAGAUAAUGAGUCACUGUCCUCAACUGAGAUGCAAGAUUAUCCAGCGGAUGUUUAUAUGGAUAGCAAGAAUCCACUAAAAUGUAAAAUUUGUGGCAAAGUAUUCCAAAACAGUUUUACAGUGAAAAUCCACUUUCAGAAUGUUCACCUGAAAGUCAUGCAUUCUUGUACAGUAGAUGGUUGCUCGUCAACAUUUCCAUCCAAACGGAGUCGUGAUCGUCAUAGUGCUAACCUCAAUCUUCAUCGUCGCAUCCUUGCGGGAGACAGCAGUGCUAACAAAGAAGUGGAUGACACACUUCGAGGGGAUUUCCUGGCUAAGCUCUAUGGACAUGAUUUGAUUACUGCUAAUGUAAUCUCAAAGGCUACAGCCAACUUAGAGGACAAUGAACAUAAGCAUAUAAAUAACAACAACAACAACAACAACGAAGAAAUAAAAAACCACGAAGGUCGACCAUUUCAGCCCAUGAACAACGGAAAAUUAUCUAAUGUGUCUGCCAGCAACUCUUUAAAAAUCACAAUCCAACAUGGCAUGCUUGGGCAUGUAAGCAAACCUGGCUCAACUGGAUCCGAGGCAGUGUCAGAUGAAAGCGAAGGAGAGAGUGAAGCUGUCAGAUCAGACGAAUAUCUGAAAAUUCCUUGCAAAGUCUGCGGGGAUAAGUUCUCUAACCCUGCAGUUCUUCAAGAACAUAUCAGCAUCUCACAUCCAGAGCAUGCCCUGAGUCCGCCAGAUCCAUCGAUGAAGAAGAUGAUAUCCCCUCGCAGAGCACGCAGCAGACAGAAGACUCAGAGCAUCCUGACAGCCAGAAAAUCAACAAGCCUCUAG